CUUGAAGGAAGCACACAUUUCUUAUUUUGUUUAUGAGAACUUCUAUAUACUUUCUGAUAGCAUAGAAAAAAUGUUUUCAAAAACUACUUAGUAUGAAUGAUUUCACUCAUGUAAUUAUGUAUCUUCACAUACUGAUAGAUAAUAUAUAGGUAUAUUCUAGGUUGUUAACAUGAAUCAUCUAGGGACUUGUGGCUGCACCAUAGACUGAGAAGAAAGAAGUAGAAAAAGGCACUUAAACAAAAACAAAGACCGAAAAAGUACAGCCAUUGUGAUAUGGUUCAAUUUAUACACUUAUGUAUGCAAAUAAUUUUUUAAAAAAAUGAAUGGUACGUUUUCACCUUAAGAGGAUGCUAUCUAAUGGUAGAACAUCAGUAACUGUAAGCUGAGUGUAUAUGGGGAUUCAUUGUUUCCAUUCUACUUUUGUAUAUAUUUAAAAUUCUUUACAAUAAAAACAUUUCAAGAGAAGAUUUUUAAGAAGGAAUUCCAUUAAUUUUUAGUUGGAAAUCAGUUGCUGCUUUAUUCACAACGUGCCAUCAGGGCUAAGAAGUACCUUUUGUAGUUGUGGUUCUAUAGAUGGGGAAUUGUAAAAGUUACACUGGGUGCUAACUAGGUGAGAGAACAGAAAAGGACAUUAGAGAGCUGAAAAGGAAUUUAAAAAAAAGCACUAAGAUUACAAGAUUAACAUGCUUAAGUGUCAAUAAUUGAAUAGAGUGGAUACAUUGGUGGCUAUUUCAUUUUUAAAAAUUUGAAAGUAAAUUGGAAAUUUUCUAGAGAAAAUUACAAAUCCUCCUUACAUUAAAUAAUGACUUGCUGCCUUGGUGAAUCUCCACAUCACUUACUUGUGUAUGACCUGAUCUAUGUUUCCACGUAGCUAAAGGAAAAGUCUACAAGAAUAGGUUACUGGAUGGUUUGAAGUCUCUUAAUGGUAAGUGAGAAGCAUAAUACAAAGCCAGAUGAUUCUAAGAGACACAUUAUACUAUCUCCUAGAUAUCCAAUUGUGAACUUCACUAACCUCCUUAAAUACUGAUAUCAUUCCUAGCUUCUGAUAUAGACCUGUGAGCAAAUUAUCUCCAUAUAGAAAUUUAAAUAAAUUUUACAUAAGAGAAAAUAAAGUCUGUGUCAGAACAGUAAAAUUAAAGGGAACAUUUUUGGGGAAUUUGGUUAGGCGUUGAGACAAUAAAAUAAACAAAAAUGAGCCCACUUAUUAGUGAGAAGAUAAAAUAAUGUUUUUCAUUACUAUGAAUUAUUAAAUACUAAUGCAGGCCCUUUUAAAGCUUAUGCUUUGUAAACCUGUCCCCAUGAUCCCACUAAAGAAAGAGGUUCUUUUUAAAGAGCUAUUAUCUAUUAUUAUCUAUUAUUGACCCUCUUUGUACUAUAGACACUUGAUGUUCCUGCUGAAAAUAACAUUAGUAUAUGUCAACAAUUUGAUGUAUUUGCUAAAACAAGUCAACUGUCAUGCUAUAUAUGAGCCUAUUUAAGUUAUUUAAAUCCAAAAACUAUACAGCAUGCUAAUUGACUAUAAUAAAAUGCAUUCUGGACAAUUAGUUCAAGAUUUCAGUUUUUGUUUUUGUUUUUGUUUUUGUUUUUCUGCAGAUGGAACUUUCUAAGAACUAAAAUCCCCCAAACAAAAAUUUUAGAAAAAGAUCCCUUGCCUGCAAAAGAAAAAUAUUUCUGACAGGGGACACCCUUUAUAUUUCCACCUACACUACAGCCAUGUGGGCCCAUAGGUUAUUUAAAUAUAUAAACUGUAUUUUUCUUUCCUUUGGCUAUUUCUUGACCAUUUUGCUUUUCUAAGGAGGGAUUGUUAAUGCCAAUAAACUUGAUUCAGUUUUGAAAACCAUGGGAUGGAAACUCACAGAAGAUGAAAUUAAGGAUCUCAAAUGCAACCUGUCCACUGAUGUAUAUGGGAGAACUACAAUGAAAAAGUUGUGUAGUGGAUUAAAAGCUUUUACAGGAAAAAAUAUUAAUGUGCAACAUCUAUCAGAUUUUGUGAGGAACAUGGGUAUUGAGCUAACAGAUAAAGAACAAAAGAGGCUGCUAAAGAAGCUUCCAGUUGAUGCUUCUGGGAAGAUCUAUCAAAAUAGAUUGUUGGAUGGUCUGAAGUCUUUCAAAGGAGGGAAGGUUGAAAGAAGUAAAGUCAAUACUGUUCUAGAAAACAUGGGAAUCGUGCUCACAGGAGAGGAGCUUCAAAGUCUAACAGAUAACCUACCAGUUAACGAUAAUGAGGAGGUUGAUCUUGAUAAAUUGAUGGAUGGAGUGAAAACUCUUACAGCUAAUGGAAAAGUUGAUCUGAAUAAAGUGAUGGAUGGCGUGAAAGCUGUCACAGGAGAAAAGGUUGAUUCCAGGGACCUACAAAAUACUCUAAAAGACAUGGGGAUUGAGCUUACAGACAAGGAGGCCAAGCAACUGAGGAAAACACUGCCCCUUGAUGCCCAUGGAAAGGUGUUUCAAAGCAGGUUGCUGAAGGAUGUGAAGUAUAAUAAAAGAGGGAAGAUUGAUGUAAAUAACCUGGAUCCUGUUUUAGAAGCCAUGGAGGUCAAGCUGACAGAAAAGGAACUGAAUCUGUUAAAGGAUCUUCUGCGUGGCUCUAAGAAAGUUGAUCUGCAAAAACUGAUGGAAAAAGUAGAAGCUGUUACAGGAGAGGAAAUUGAUGUCAAUGACAUGGAAACAGUUCUAGGAAACAUGGGAAUAGAACUCACAGAUAAAGAACUCUCACAACUGGUGAAAAAUCUGCCAGUUGAUAAUGGAAAGGUCUAUCAAAGAAGGUUGCUGGAUGGUAUAAAGUUUCUUAAAGGAGGGAAGAUUGAUUCCAGUAAAGUGGAUGAAGUUUUGGGAGCUAUGGGCAUGGACCUCACUGAAAAGGAGCUUAAAGACAUAAUGCAAAAUCUGCCAGUUAAUGUUAAAGGCAAGGUUGAUCUGGAAAAGCUGAUGAAUGAAGUGAAAUCUUUUUCGGGAGACAAAGUUGAUGCCAAUAGACUUGAAAGUGUUUUCGAAAACUUGGGGAUUAAGCUCAUACCUAAUGAACAUUUGAACUUGCUGAAGACACUUCCACUUGAUGCUGAUGGAAAAGUGUAUAAGAAAAGGUUGAUGAAGGGCAUAAAGUCUCUCAAACGAGGCAGUGUUGAUGUCAAUAAGCUGGACACUCUUUUAGAAAACAUGGGAAUCAGCAUCACAGAAGGAGAAUUCAUGGAUCUGAUAGAAAGAUUGCCAGAUGAUGAUAAAGGGAAGGUCAAACUAGAUACGUUGAUUGAAGAAUUGAGUUCUGUUUUAGGAAAGCAACUUGAUGUCAGUGAUGUAGACAGUGCUCUGAAAGACAUGAAAGUUGAGGUCACAGACAAGGAAUACUUUAAGUUAGUAAAAACUCUACCAGUUGAUGCUGAAGGAAAGGUGUAUCAAAAAAGGCCGCUGGAUGGUGUGAAGGCUCUUCAAAGAGGAAAGGUGGCUAUGAAUAACCUCGUCCCAUUUCUGGAAAAUAUGGGGAUUAAGCUGUCACACGAAGAACUUGAAGAUUUUUCACAAAACCUACCAGUUGAUGGUGGUGGGAAGGUUGAUCUGAAAAAUGUGACAAUGAAAAUGAAAGAGUUUACAGGAGAAAAGAUUGAUGCCACAGAUCUGAAAAACAUUCUUGGAGACAUGGGGAUAGAAGUCAACGAUAAGGAAUGUCUGGAACAACAAAAAUUACUACCCGCUGAUGAUGACAACAAAGUUUUUCAGAAUAGAUUGCUGUCAGCUUUGAAGUCUUUCAAAGGAGGAAAGAUUGAUACUAAUAACCUGAACACAGUUCUGAGGAACAUGGGGAUCAAGCUCAAAGAUAAGGAAUUUAAAAAUGUGAUACAAAAUCAACCUGUUGACGCUGAUGGAAAUGUUUCUCUGAAAAAAGUGAUGAGUGAUGUGAAAGCAGUUACAGGAGAAAAAGUUAAUGUCAAAGAUCUGAAAAAUAUUCUGGAAGACAUUGGGAUAGAAUUCACACCUAAAGAAUACCUGGAACUGGUGAAAAAUCUUCAAGUUGACGGAUGCCAGGUCCUGUGGCUUCCUUGGAAGCUCUGCUCCACUCCCCCACCCUUCCACCCCUCAGAGCUGCGGGAGUCCGGGGCCACCCAGAUCUGA